UAAUGUCUGUUUAUAAUGAGGUAACACAGCAUAUCAUCGAUUGCUAGAAAGCCACAUUAGUCGUGAAAAAGUGUGAGAGAAAAUUAUCAGUAGAGAAAGAGCUGACAGGAAAAGCACAAGUGUCGUACCUCAGUGUUACGCGAUUGUUCCUCUUACGCAAUGGUUGUUAUUCAUUAAGUGUAUUCAUGAAAAUUACACGUAUGAAAGAUUAUGAAUGGAAAGUGAAGCUGAUCCUGUCUUUCCUCUAAGCAACCUACCAUUCGGUGAAAAUGCUCUUCGUCGUGUGAUAUUCGUCAUUGCCUCUCUAUUUUGGUGGCAUUUCAUCAUCCUUUGUGUUCUGUAAUUCCCUCUUUCUGUCACUGACAAGAAGCCGACGUGAUGGAAGACCGCAGUGUUUCUUCCGCCUCCAACGAGGAUAUCCUGCCUUGCCCUAUCCAGGAAGAGGAUCGGGAACCUCUGUUAAGAUCUCAAGAGGAUACUGGGAGAACCACUAUGUUACACAGGAGGCCUUUAGUGGACGUACUGGCCGCCCUCUUCGGCGUCGGCGCGUGGGUGGCUGUGAAUGGACUCUGGGUCGAACUCCCCCUGCUGGUGACAGAUCUUCCCGAGGGAUGGAACUUACCGUCCUAUCUCUCCGUCAUUAUUCAGAUCGCCAACAUCGGUCCCAUCGCUUACUCUUUGCUCAGCGCCUUCCGCCCAAGCCUGCGGCCCGCCAGCGUCAUCUACGGCGUGCUGGUGAUCGGCUGUCUGUCUUCGCUGCUCCUUUCUGUGCUGUGGCAGGAGACGACAUGGAUCGGAGGCGCGGAACAUUCCACAGCGCUGCUGGCACUGGUGUUCCUCCUGUCACUGGUGGAUUGCACGUCGUCGGUUUUGUACAUGCCAUACAUGGCCGUCUGGAGAGGGAUCUACCUGCCCUCGUACCUCGUCGGCGAAGGACUUUCGGGGCUCUUGCCGGCGCUCGUAGCCCUGGCCCAGGGCGUAGGGGGUAAUUCCGAGUGCAUUAAUGUCACUAACCCCGACAACACGACGUCCUUGCAGCCCGCGCCUCUCCAGCCCCUUUUCAGCGUGACGGACUUCUUCUUCAUCCUCUUCGGCAUGAUGGUGGCCAGCGCCCUCGCCUUCAUCCUCCUGGAGAAGCUGCCGAGCAUCAGGAGCGAGCGCACCUCGCUGCCCGGCCCCACCUACAGCGAGUCAGCCAUGGAAGCUUCGCGCUCGAAUACCCAGCUGGUGGGGCGCGAGACCACGCCUUCGCCCAAGUCCGAGCCGGCCUCCAUGAGCAGGCGGAUGUACGCCGUCAUGCUCUUGGGCCAGGGAUGGGCGUGCAUGCUGACCAACGGCGUGCUGCCCUCCAUCCAGUCCUACUCGUGCGGGGCGUACGGCAACGUGGCGUACCACCUGGCGGCGAGCCUCUCUGCCUUGGCCAAUCCUUCGGCCGCCCUUCUGACGCUGGUGCUGCCGCGGGCGAGGACCUGGAUCUUAGGCCUACUUGGCAUGCUGGGCUCGCUCGUGGCCGCCUACAUCCUGGCCACCGCCGCCCUCAGCCCUCAGCCCCCUCUGAUGGGCACGACAGCGGGGGAGGCACUCGUGGUGCUGGCUUGGGUGGUGUUCACUUUCAUCAUGACCUACGUCCGUGUGGAGAUCGCCAACCUGAUGCGGGAACAAGGAGCUCGAGCCCUCUUCUGGUGCGGCGCCGUCACCCAAGCAGGCUCAGCAGUGGGUGCUGUCACCACCUUCGUCCUGGUCAACGUCUAUAAUCUCUUCACGCCUUAUUAUCCCUGUUCGUAGUUACUGCUUGUUCCAUCGAUGAGGAGGCAGGACUAGCCAUGUAGUUUUAGGGGACUUCGGACAGUGAGUUGGUUACAGAUGAUAACACCGUAGCUGAAUAUAUUGUCAUUGUGUUACUGGUGUCCUACUUUUAGGGUGAGGAUGUUUUGUUUGUAGUGUGUAUUGUAAUAUAUUUUGACGAUAUACGGGAGGAUCCGCUAAAUGUUUGUAUAUAGUAUAUAUUUUGCCAUAUAUCAAUUCUUGUAGAGAAUAUAUAUAUAUAAUUUGUCAUUGUUAGACUUUUCUACAUACAUUAUGAUAAUAGAGUCACCUUUAUAAUUUUAGUUAUUAUAGGCCUAUAUAUAUAUGUUAUGUCUGUAUUAUAUUUAGCCUGAAUAUAGAUUGUUCUCAUCGAAUAUGCUCAGCAAAGAAUCAUUUGACCUUAAACACCAAAACCCAUAUUUUAAAGGAAAUAAUGUUUCUAAACCUGAUUUUACAAUCCACUUUUUUGGCAUUUUUGUGUUAUUUUUAUGAAGUGUCGUUAUUGAUAAUUGUUAUACGAGUCAAGAAACUGCAUUUCCUUUCAUUUAUGUUAAGAUACACCCACCUAACUAUAUUAUGUAUUUGCCUUACUGUAUGUAUGUUUUAUCAUAUAUUUAUAUCAGUAUAUUGUACUAUUUUGUUUGUAGAAGUAAAUUCUAUUAUAAUUAAGUUGUAAAUAUAUAAGUAUAUAGAUAAUUCCUAACAAAUGAUUAAUAUUGAGAAAUUUACAUACAGUAAUUUCAGGCUUGGAACAGAGAAUUUUCUCAGAGAUAAAAUGUCUUAAAUUUUUUUUGUCACUUUCUGAGUAGAUUUGAUCAAUGAUGUAAGCUGCAGGCAGCACAUCACCAGUAAAAUAUAUUACCACAAGUA